CAUCUGGUAACAUAUGUUCACUGUCGUCAGCUGUCAUCUGUGAUUGUUUCAACAAUAUUUAUUCUUGUUUUAAGGAAUCGAGAAUACUCUUUAAACCCUAGAAAAUUAUUUAUGUAAUUUAUUUAACAGUGACUGUUAUUUGUAAAUAAUUUAAUUACAGAGAUGUCUGGAAAUCAAGUACAAAGAAAGUUUAUUUUUAAUAUUUUUCGAAACAUUCAUCAAAGUGGGAAAUUUUGUACAAAAGGAACUCAGGAAAGUUUGAAUAGUGAUAAUGUGAAGAAUGCGGAGAAACAGGAGGCAAAAAAUACUCCUCUACCUGGUUCUUCGAAAAAUACAAGUGAUUCUAUGCGUCAAUAUAGGGAACUUAGACUGGUCGAUAAAUGGUUACUCGUUUGGUUUAAAAAAUAUAAAUCUGUCAAGGAUAUACCAUCUCGUAUUCCUUACGCAGAACUCGAUCAUAUUCACGACAAAAGUCGUAUUCGAAUUGGAAAUAUUUUAAUGGCAUUCGGUCUAAUUAUUUGCGCCUAUGGAUAUUUCAGUGGAAAGCAAAGUGCCAAAGAGGGUGAUUCAUUGCAAAAAAGAGUAGAAGAUCGUCACAAGAAAGCUCGUGAUGAAUAUUUACUAGCGCAACAACAGUCAAAAGGCACUUAAAAAUAUUUUAGCGGAAAAGAAUCAAAACUUUAACCAUAGGCGAAAUUCUGUACAUUUUAGUCCAUAAUUAAUUGUUGAUAUAUUAUUUAAUUUUCAAAUAAGAAUUUUUAUUAUUGCAAAAUAAUAAAAUUUUAAUUUAUA